UUAUUUAGAACAACUGCAUUUUAGUACUCGAACUAGUAUUAAUUUCGAUUCACAAAAAUUUAGUAAACAACUUAUUAUAAGGAAUUAAUACCAUUUCUACCUCGAUUUCACAUGAUUUAGUUAACAACUUUAAUGGGAAUUUAGAUUCCAACUCCUCAUCAAUUAUCAAUUCCUCCUAACCCGAUUAUAGAUUACUAAACAUAUCUAUAAAGUAUUUGGACUCCAUAUAUCACAGUAAGAAAUAUUCCUUUUAAGCAUAUAAUUAAAGUUUAAUUAUCGAUGUGCUCCUUGUGCUUUGCUGGAAAUUCUACUUUACCCCCUACAUUUCAAACUGGGUCAAUAUAUGCCUCAUGUGCUUUAUUUCCGUGUCCCCCAUUCCCCCAUUCCGUCAAUUUGAUUAGUAAAACUGUUAACUUAUUGACGUAGCAUAAUCCUUUUAGUAAUUUUAGCUAUUAAACAAAUUUUAAAAUCUAAUUUAAAUAUAAAAAAUAUUUUAAUAAUAUUUUAAAAAAUAAGAUUAGAAAGAUAAAUUAAAAAAAAAAUAAAAAUUCCCAGCACCCCAGUAGCCCCACCACCACACCUCCCACCAUAACCCAAUCCAAUCCGCCUAGCCACCCAUGACCAGCACUCCGCCAUGGUUCAAAUAUGAUCUCCUUACCCAGGUGAUAUACCUAUUCCAAAAUAUUGAUAACAUUCUCUCCAAUCCACUUAGCCACUUUCACCCCCCAGCCAUGGGUUGUUGGGGGCGGUAGUUGGUGAUGGAGAAGGGUUGGGUUGUGGUGGGAGGUGUGGUGGCUAUUUGGGUGGUGGUUUUUUUUUUUUUUUUUAAAAUAUUUUUUAUAUUUAAUUUAGAUUUUGAGAAUUUGUAGAUCUAAAAUUACUAAAAUACAUAUGUCAAGUUAGUAAGUUAAUGAUUUUACUAACCAAAUUGACAGAAUGGGGAACGAGGGACACAGACAUAAAACACAUGGGGUAUAUUGACGUAGUUUGGAAUAUAAAAAAUAAAGUGAAAUUUUCAAUAACAUACAAGAGUCACAUCGAUAAUUAAGCCUAUAAUUAAUCACUCAUGAGUUGAUGAUGGCAAACCUAUAUAUUUUUGCCGACUAAAGAUAUCAUGGUCAUGUGAGUCAUAUCAGACUUAUUAGCUCUUCUGUUCUUUCAAUAUGUUGAUUAUUUGAGACAAUUCUCAAAACUUUUAUUUUGUGCACUAGCUUUUUUUUUUUUUUUUUCCCUAACACAAUCAUUAAAUCUAUAUAUAUAUAUAUAUAUAUAUAUAUUUGAAGCACACAUUUAGAUAAUAAUUCACCGAAAUGGAAUACAUUUACUAUACACACUUCAUUAUAUAUGCCAUGUGUUGAACUGUAUGCUUCAAAUGGAAUACAUUUACUAUACACACUUCAUUAUAUAUGCAUCAUGGGUUAAUAUAUGAUUAUAUAUGGAUCUUUCUUUUUGUGUGUGAUGUAUUGGGUUUGGCAGCAUGUGAUCUUGGCUCCUUGGAUCAUUCAUGGCGCAUACUCGUUUGUGGUUAAUGAUGGGAAAGAAAAAGAUCUAUCUUAUUUCCUCAUCUUUCCAUUUAUGCUGUGGAGGAUGAUCCACAACCAGAUAUGGAUCACUCUGUCUCGAUACCAGACCGCCAAGGGCAAUGGCCGAAUCGUUGUACAAACCUCUUGAGUUUGAGCAAGUCGACCGAGAAAGAAAUUGGGAUGAUCAAAUAGUGUUCAAUGGGAUUUUGUUCUGCCUAGGCAGCAGGCAUAUGCCUGGGGCUCAAAAUCUGCCACUUUGGAGGACAGAUGGGGUUCUCUUGACGAUUUUGCUGCAUGCUGGCCCAGUGGAGUACCUCUACUAUUGGCUCCACAGAGCACUUCACCAUCAUUUCCUCUACUCUCGCUACCAUUCUCAUCACCAUUCCUCUAUUGUCACUGAGCCAAUCACUUCUGUGAUUCAUCCAUUUGCGGAGCACAUAGCAUAUUUCGUACUCUUUGCUAUACCUAUGUUGACGACUACACUCACGGGGACAGCUUCAAUCAUAUCCUUUGCUGGCUAUGUUACUUAUAUUGACUUCAUGAACAACAUGGGACACUGCAAUUUUGAGCUCAUUCCAAACUGGCUCUUCUCCAUUUUCCCUCCUCUUAAGUAUCUCAUGUACACCCCAUCGUUCCACUCUUUGCAUCACACGCAAUUCAGGACCAAUUACUCACUCUUCAUGCCAAUCUACGACUACAUCUAUGGAACCAUGGACAAAUCUUCAGAUUCUCUCUACGAAACUUCACUCAAGAGAAAGGAAGAAACACCAGAUGUCCUUCAUCUAACUCAUCUAACAACACCUGAGUCCAUCUAUCAUCUACCGCUAGGAUUUGCUUCCUUGUCCUCUAAGCCCCACACAUCACACUGGUACCUAUGGUUGAUGUGGCCUGUGACACUGUGGUCCGCGAUGCUUACUUGGAUCUAUGGCCGUACAUUUGUGGUUGAGCGGCAGCGUUUUGACAAGCUAAGAUUACAAACUUGGGUCAUACCCAAAUACAGCUUGCAAUACUUCUUGCAAUGGCAAAAUGAAGCUAUCAAUGGUUUGAUUGAGGAAGCCAUACUGGAAGCAGAGGAAAAGGCAAACAAAUGA